CCAUUCCCAUCCCGUGUCCUGCCCCUGCAGAGCUGCUCUCAAGGAGCUAUGGGGAAUAACCUGAGUGUGCCAGAGGAAGCUGAGGAUGACAACUCCUGCACAGUGAAGAGUUACCAGCCUCUCUCCGAGUCUCCUGACGGUGUCACCAAUGGGUCUGUGGUGUUUGUUCAGAGCCCUCCCCCGGCACUGAAUGGUGAAGCGGAUGCCAGGGCGCCUGCAGGCCGGGAUAACGUUCCCGUUCCUUCGGCGGAGCCGGGCCCCGGUGCCCGGGCGGGCGGGCAGAGCGGCGGGAGCGCUGCCAGGAGGGCCCUGCCAGCUGCCAGGCCCCGCUCCCUGCUGGCCUUCCCCUGGGCUGUGCCAGCGCGUUCCGAGGAGCCGGCGGCGGCUGCAGCCCCCGGAGAGGCCACCCUUGGUGCCACCGGGCUGAACAAAGGCCCGAGUGAGGGCACGCAGGGGCCCGGGGCAGCUGCGCCGCGCGAGGGCAGCCAUAAAAACCCGGGCCAGGCCCCGCCGCAGGACACAGAGCUCGCGGGGACACCUGAGGGACACGAUGUGGCCGCCCCAAAGGGCAGACAAGUGACGCUCCUGGACAGGAUCUUCAGGCUGGAGAAGGGCACGGGAAGGACGCGAGGGGACCCUGAGGAGGGAAGGAAGGGGCUGGACGUUCCCAACGGGAGCAUCGCGGCCGGCGCGCCCCACGGGGAACCGCUGCGCCAGGAGAUAGAUGAGUGCAGCCAAGAGGAGCCUGGGCAGGACUCUGCAGGUGAACAGGGCCCUGGGAGGGCACAGGCACAGCAGGACAGUCCCCAGGCAGCUGCAGGACAGGGCUCAGUCAUGAGCUUCCUCAAAACACUGGUCUCCCCAAGCAAAGCUGAAGCCAAAAGUGAUUCUGAAGACAAGGGCUCCAAGGCGGAGAAGGGCCCUGGGGGACAGCCUGGCCCGAAGGCAGCAGCAGAAUCCCCCUCCAAAGGAGCCAAGAAAAAGAAGGCAGAGAGCCCCAGGCUGGGCCACAGCACCUUUAGCAAACUCUUUAGGCACAAGGCUGCAAAAGAAACCCAGCAGACAACCAACACCAAAAGCCCUGAGCAGCCUCCUGUGACCUGUGCCAAAGCAGACAGAAAUGUCCCUCCCUCCCAGGAGGCGCCGGCCAAGCAGAACCCGAAGGCGCCGGAGGCCGCGGCCCCUCCGCAGGCAGUGAGCACAGAGCCACCCCGGGAGGGCACCAAGGACAAGGGCUCGGCCACUCCUCUGCCCCUCAGCAAGCUCUUCUGGAAAAAGAACUCCUCGGAAGAAGCAGAGGCCGUGAGCAAUGAGAAGGCAGAGGUGGCUCUGGAGGCCGUGGCUCCCGACAGGGACGAGAGCAAGAGCACGGAAAGCGCCGAGGUGAAACCGCGAGGGGCCGAGAGCAAAACGCCCAAGGCAAACCUGAGGAAGUUCUUUAAGCUGACUUUAAACGCCACGGAGAAGCCUCUUGCCCCACCUGAGAGCGACCCUGGGGGCCCAAGGAGCAAAGAGGGCUCCAAAGACAAGAAGUCCACGGUGGAGCUGGGCAAGCAGAAGGGCAGGGAGCAGCCAGAGCCCCGGGAGCAGCCAGCAGCUGACCCUGACUCCAUCCACAACGGCGGGGACGCCAAGGAGCCCUCCUACAAGAAGACAGAGAAGAGGCAGUCCCUGGGAGGGUUUUUUAAAGGCCUCGGCUCCAAAAGGAUGUCGGAUGCAGAAGUGCAGACAGAUCCCGUGUCCAUCCUCCCUGCUGGGAAAUCCAAGUAGUGCCAGCUGCUGGAGGGAGGCUCAGCAGCUCUCUGGGAGCUCCAGAAAUGACUCCUUUUUGGCAGCAGAAAUGACUCCUUUUCCUUCCCACGGCUGUCACAAACACCUGAGGCUGAAGCAAACACAGGGUACCUCUGCAGGAUUUGUCAUUUUUCGGGUUGUCAUGGCAGGGUUUGUCAUUUUGGAGGUUGUCUUUGCAGGGUUUGUCAUUUUUCGGGUUGUCAUUGCAGGGUUUGUCAUUCUGGAGGUUGUCUUUGCAGGGUUUGUCAUUCUGGAGGUUGUCUUUGCAGGGUUUGUCAUUUUGGAGGUUGUCUUUGCAGGGUUUGUUCCUCACCUGUAGAAAGCAGCUCUGAGAUCCCAUGAGAUGUGUUGAAGGUAAGGUGCUGUGGGUGGUUUGAAGUGUGCAGAGGGCGAGUCAGGUCCGAGGCUGGCAGAGAAUUCAAUAAAUGGCAGGAAAAGCACGCAGGUGACAGAGGAGGGCAGCGAGGCACGGGCAGAGAAUCCUCUGCUUCAGAGAGCUUGAAAGCAGCCAGGAAAACACAAAUCCCCUGGAGAAAUGUUCUGCUGCAGGGUAACAACAGCCGAGUCACUUCUGGUGGGGUUUCGACAGAGCUGGAGUGAGAGCUGAGCCCUUCAGCCCGGCAGAACCCGUGCUGACCGAGUCCUGCUUCCUGAUGGUUAUUAAUGUAAAUUAAAACGCUAAAAUGCAAAGCUUGCCGUGAUUGGGGCAGCUCCUCUCUCGGCCGGGCGGGUGGGAUAACAAAUUAAAAUCUAUUUAAGGUUCUAAUAGGACACAAGAGGGCAGCCACGUCCCCUAACGCCGGGCUGUGCCUGCCAGCCCGGAAUUAAUGUUCCUUAGAUCUUAGGAAACUUAGUUGUUCACCCUGAUGUUUGUUUAUAUCCAUACUUGUAAUUAAUCCUAAUAAAAAACCAAAAUCAAAGCUGCCCAGGCAGCUCUCUGCUUCACAAGACUCCUGUAAUAACUGUAGUUAAUAAAUUUUACAGAAAAUUAAGAUUUCUGUUCGUUCAAUCCUAGCCUGUACAGGGAACCAGGGGCCUGACGCUGUAAUCCACACUGAUCUAAAUGAUGCAAUACUGUAUAUUUUGACAUCCUUAUCUUUAAAUAAACUAAUACUUAUCCUUUGAAACAAAAAAUCA